AUGAAUGUUCCAGUAAAGCCAAUCGACAGCUGGUCAAGAGGAAUUCGCCGUCGUCUUCGGAUGGAACCGACCGUCGAAUCUCUUCACCCACUACUUUCACUCGAAAUGGAACAUCCUCUCAUCGUUUGUCUCAAAUGCGAGUGUCCGCUUGUCUUGGAUUGUGGCAACAGAAUGCGUUUGUUCAUUGAUUACUUCUAUCAUGUCAUCCGCAGUCCUGACUGCCUCUUCCGAAAUUUGGCCUCUUGCGGUUGUCAAGGCAAUCUGUACCUCGACAGCACCAUACAGCUACUCGUCAAAGAGACAAGUGAAGCCGAUCCUUUGACCGAACGUGUGUUAAACAAUUGUGGUAUCUCCCCUUCCGCCCUGGGUUGUCCGCGUUUCCGGAAACGCGGGAAUGUUCCACGUCCACGGUUCAACUUUGGAAAUGAUCAUGCAGACAAUGGACCCCGGACUGGGUAUUUUAAUGUUUACCGCGCCAACAGCAAUAGUCUGACUGUCCUCUCCGGUAGAGAGAGUAUGUCUCGUUGA